AGAAGCUGUAUAAAUCAAGAGCAGAGAAUCAGACAAGACAUUUGCUUUCUAAAGCAAACGUCAGGAGCCAUUUCAGCCACUUCAACCUGCAAGGAGCCGGCAACAUGCUUCUCUCCGUAGUGGCAGUGCUCAUGCUCCUCUCUUGCACCUGUGGAGAAAAUCCUGCAGUACAAGUCGUCCUGACCAACAAAGCAGUUCAGUACGGAAAGCAUACAGGUACAGACUGGAUUCAGGAGAAUCUGCAGCGUGUCAGUCUCCCUGACAUCAGUGGUAAAAUCUUGGGCAUUAUAGGAUACACACUAACAGGCAUCACAAUAAAAAAGUGUGACCUUCCAGAGCCAUCUGUUGAGUUCUAUCCAGAUGCCACAGGAUUCAAGACGUCCGUGUUAGGCCUCAGUCUUGCAAUAACUGGCGGGUGGAUGACACAGUGUGGCAUAAUACAUGAUGGGGGAUCAUUCGACAUGGCUGUAUUUAGUGUGAAUGUGAUCUCUGUAGUGGAGCUGGGGAAAGAUGCCAACGGGCAUCUGUCUGUCACCAGUGUCAGCUGUGAUGCUCGCGUUGGAGAUGUGGACAUACAAUUCCAUGGUGGAGCCAGCUGGAUCUUCCAGUCUUUUGUGGAGCAUUUCAAGGGACAUAUCAGCCGUGAAAUAGAGAUCAGAAUUUGCCCUAAUGUGGAGGAAAUGAUUGUAAACUUGGAGUACCACCUACAGGCCAUGAAUGUUUCCUUUGAUGUGGAUCAAGCUCUUUCUUUUGACCUCUCUCUCACCGGCUUACCUGUCAUGGAUGUUUCAAGUCUGAAUCUUGGUCUUAAGGGAGAGUUCUACAGCAUCAAAACUCAUAUGGACCCUCCUUUUGAGGCCCAGCCUUUCAGCGUGCCCGAGCAGCAGGGCUACAUGUUGUCAGUGGGCCUGUCUGAAUUCACUCUGAACUCUGCCUCAUAUGGAUACUACUUAGCUGGAGUGUUUCAGGCCCUUAUCAAUGACAGCAUGAUACCUCCGGGCUCUCCUUUGCACCUGAAUACCAGUUUAAUGGGACCCUUCAUUCCUCAGCUUCCCAAGAUGUUUCCAGGUCUGCUGAUGAAUCUGCAGGUUUAUGCCAGAGAGGUUCCAAUGUUUUCCUUCCAGCCUGAUGCUGUUAAACUGGGCUUCCCGGGCGCUGUCAAGGCCUUCGCCAUCCAGCCAAAUGGCACCCAGACCCCACUGUUCAAACUCAAUGUUGACUCAGAGUUCAGCAGUAAAGUGUGGAUUGCUGGUGGGAGAGUGAAAGGCUCCAUUUCAAUGGACAAUUUUACACUGACGCUGGUGGGAAGCGAAGUGGGAACGUUUAAGACUGAUGCUUUGGAAAAUAUUGCAAGGAUAGGAGUUCAGAUGGUCUUGGCAAAACUAAAUGAGAAAAUGGGCAACGGUGUUGUUUUACCCAGAAUGAAAGAAGUAGAGCUGGUCAACUCAGUUCUGAAGGUGGAGGAGGGAUUUAUAGCCAUCUCUUCAGAUGUUGAGGCAUUUCUAACAGACAGAGGCUUCAACCGACAGACAAACAGGCCCGCGUAACUCUGGUACAUCAAACCUGAAUGCUCUUCAUCUCAUUUCAAAUUCUCAAACUUCAAAUCAGUAACAGGAUUCUUCUACACACCGCAUGGCAAAAGCACUAGUAUGUUUAAAAAGAUAACGUUACCUAUACCCCAGUCUGGGCCCUAUUCUGGAAAUGAUCAGGAAGCCUUGCUACACAGUACAUAAUCAACAAUUCUGUAUUCAUAAUUUACAGAAGUACAACCAUCAUGUCAAAUCAACACUGAUUAAGCCUGCUGUUUGACGUCAUAAAUGCUUGUAAAGUAUAUGUAUAAAGUUUAAAAUCUGAGCUAAUUUC